AUGGAUAGAUACCAGAGGGUGGAAAAGCCGAAGCCAGAAUCUCCGAUAAACGAAAAUGAGAUCCGUAUCACCUCUCAAGGACUGGUUCGUAACUACAUCAACUAUGCCACCACACUUCUUCAGGAGAGACGUGGAAAUGAGAUUGUCUUGAAAGCAAUGGGUCAAGCUAUAAGCAAGACAGUAGCUAUUGCUGAGAUUAUAAAGAGAAGAACUCCUCGACUGCAUCAGGACACUGCCAUCAGUUCAGUAAAAAUAACUGAUACAUUUGAACCCAUUGAAGAGGGUCUUGAGACUGUGGAGCAGACUCGCCAUGUUUCGAUGAUUUCAAUCACCUUGUCAACCAAGGAGCUAAACAAGAAUUCUCCAGGGUACCAAGCUCCAGCUCGUAUGGAGCUAAGUGAACAACAAUAUAAUUAUCAGCCACAGCAACAGCAACCUCCUAGACAAGCGCGUGCAGUGUACAACAGUGGUAAUGGAGAUGCAUAUGGGCAUGGAAGAGGUCGUGGCAGAGGAAGAGGGGGAGGGAGGGGAGGAGGUUGGAACAGAGGUGGAUAUGCAAACUAUCAAGAAAAUAAUGGAUAUGCAAACUAUCAAGGAAAUGGUGGAUAUGCAAAUUAUAAAGGAAAUGGUGGAUAUGCAAAUUAUAAAGAAAAUGAUGGAUAUGCAAACUAUCAAGAAAAUGGUGGGUAUCCUAACUGGGGCCGAGGUGGUGGGCGUCGUGGUGGUUGGGGUUAUCGUGGUGCUGGUUAUGGAAGAGGGAGAGGCGGAGGUGGCAGAGGCUAUGACCGUGGCCGUGGAAGGAUGGGUGACCGCUUAAGGGGUGGUGGGGGUGGCAACCAGGUAUAG